GCCUCUUCCUCCUGCCGUCUUUUUAUCGCGCUCUCUCUCUCCGGCUGGGGGGCUUCUAAGCCUGGGAGAGAGUUCACGCCGGUUUGCCCCCCUUAGCCGGCUGGCUCGCUCGCUCGAUCUCCCUCCCCCGAUCCUCUCUCCUCCUCCUCCUCCGCCUCCAGCCCCGCCGCCUCCCGCCCUCCCCCCUUCCCUCUCCUCCUCCUCCUCCUCCUCUUCCCCUUAUCGCCCCAUGUGUUGUGCGAGGAAGCAGAUUUGCUAAAGAGACCCACUUGCGAAAGAAACGAGAGUAGCAUAAGGCGCGGGCAAAGCGGCGGCGGCGACGACAGCAGCGGCGGCCGCGGCAGCAGGGAAAAGAGGAGGAGGAGAAAAAGGAGGAGGAGGAGGAGGAAGGAGGAGGAGGAAAAGGGAACGAGAGCCGGACUAGCCGCAGCCGCGGAGGAAAAGGAGGAGGAGGAAAGGAAAGAGGCGAGGAAAAAGGAAAGAAAGAAGAACCGGGAGGAGGAGAAAGAAAAGAGAAGAAGAAGGGGAAGCAGCAGCCGACGGCAAAAAAGAGAAGCGAAGCCGAGCGCAGGAGAGAAGACGCCGGGAAAGACUUCUGAUUUUUGGGGAAGGGAAGGGAGGGAGGAAGAGGGGAUGCGUGGAUGUGUGUGUGUGGGUCUGAGAGCGCGCGCGGGUGCGUGAGCGCGUGGAGGGUGCGUGUGUGAGUGGGAGCGCGCGCGCGUGUGGUUUUUGUUUGGUUCCUUUCAGCCCCCCCCCAUCUACCCACCCUUCUACCCACCCACCCCCCGCCCGCCCCGUCUCCCUCUCGCUCCCUCUCUCUCUCCUCCUCCUCCUCCUCCUCCUCCUCCUCUUCCCCGGUUGAUGUUUCUACAGCUUCGCCAAACUCCGAGCGGGGCAUCUGAUCGAAACCCCGCCAGGAGCAGGAGCCAGGCCGGGUCCGCGGGCCGGCGUGCUGAGCGUGGGAUUUCUUUCCGGGCUCGCCUGCGCCUCCUGCGAGCUGCUGCGGGCUUUCGUCUGGCUUUGCUUUCCAUGGCUUUUCUGAAUGGCUGACUGCGGGCUUCGCUGGAUCUGGCCCCCAGACCCCCUCCUCUGUUCUUGCAACUCGGGUCGGCUUCAAGAGAGAGAGGGAGGGAGAGAUCUUUGAAGGGAACCGUUCUCUCUCUCUCUCUCUCUCUCUCACUCUCACUCUCGCUCUUUCCCCAGCCGUCCCCCUUUUGUAUUUUUUUUUACUUUUCUUCCUCUUUUGCUAACAGACAAUCGCCUCGCUCUUUCCUCCUCCUCUUCCUCCUGCUCCUCGCCUCCUUUUCCCCCUCUUUUUCCCCCCCUCUCAUCCACUCGUCCGCGUUCCCCCUUUCCUUUCUCAACCCCACUUUCGGGUGCCUGCCUGCGUGCGUGCGUGUCUGCUUCCCGCAUUUUAUUUACUAUUUUGCAAUUGUACGGGGGAGAGCCGUACGAGAUAUUUUUUUUCCUACCAUCUCUCCUCACCCACUUCCAUCGAAAGCAUUAAAUUAAACUGAACGAAAGGACCGGCAAAAGGAGGGGGAAGAACCCAACACGAAAAGCGAGAGAGGGGAACGUUUAAAAAGAAAACCAGCACCGAUUUACGACGCGCUGCCUUCUCCUCCAGAGCAACUUCCAAGCCAAGAAAAAUCAGAAUAACUUGCCAACGCGAACUGCGAGAGAAAAAGGCUGGAGGGGGGAGAGCAAAUAAACUAAUAUAAAAGUGGACAAAGACCCCCCCUCCUCCCCCAUAUUUUCUUUAGACCGCCACUGCUCGCUCCGGCUCCAACGGCAGACGCAACCGGCCGGAGAAGCGGAUCCGGCGGCCACAGCAAGCGACGGGGGGGCGCGCGAUUUGGCCAAGGUGUCCCUUAGAUAUGGCAAUGGUAGUGGGCGCCUGGCGAGACCCGCAGGACGAUGUGACCGGCCCGCAAGGAACGCAGCCUUCGCAAGCUCCCCCUGUGCCGGGGGCCCCCACGGGGGCCCCCCACACCCCACAGACGCCGGGCCAAGGAGGGCCCCCCAGCACCCCGGCUCAAACCACUCCGGGCAGCCAGCAAAACCAAGGAGAGAAACAGCAGCAACAGCAGCACAUCGAAUGCGUGGUGUGCGGGGACAAAUCCAGCGGCAAACACUACGGGCAAUUUACGUGUGAAGGCUGCAAGAGUUUCUUCAAGCGAAGCGUCCGGAGGAACCUUAGCUACACGUGCCGCGCGAACCGGAACUGCCCCAUUGACCAACAUCACCGCAACCAAUGCCAAUAUUGUCGCCUCAAGAAAUGCCUGAAGGUUGGCAUGAGACGGGAAGUUUCUUUUUUAUUUACUGCAGCCGUCCAGAGGGGCAGAAUGCCACCCACACAGCCGACCCACGGCCAGUUCGCCUUAACCAACGGGGACCCCCUGAACUGUCACUCGUACCUCUCCGGAUAUAUUUCCCUCUUGCUGCGGGCAGAGCCUUAUCCGACCUCUCGCUUCGGCAGCCAGUGUAUGCAGCCGAACAACAUUAUGGGCAUCGAGAACAUUUGUGAGUUGGCCGCUCGGAUGCUUUUCAGCGCCGUGGAAUGGGCUCGGAACAUUCCUUUCUUCCCCGACCUCCAGAUCACCGACCAGGUGGCUCUCCUGAGGCUCACCUGGAGUGAGUUGUUUGUCCUCAACGCCGCCCAGUGCUCCAUGCCUCUCCACGUCGCCCCGCUCUUGGCAGCCGCCGGCCUCCACGCGUCGCCCAUGUCCGCCGACCGCGUGGUCGCCUUUAUGGACCACAUACGCAUUUUCCAAGAGCAGGUGGAGAAGCUGAAAGCUCUACACGUGGAUUCGGCGGAAUACAGCUGCUUGAAGGCAAUUGUCCUCUUCACCUCAGAUGCGUGUGGUCUAUCCGACGUUGCACACGUUGAAAGUUUACAGGAGAAGUCCCAGUGCGCUCUGGAAGAGUACGUCAGAAGUCAGUAUCCAAACCAACCCACCCGCUUUGGGAAACUGUUGUUACGUCUCCCCUCUCUUCGCACCGUCUCUUCUUCGGUCAUAGAGCAAUUGUUUUUCGUCCGUUUGGUAGGUAAAACCCCCAUAGAAACCCUUAUCAGAGAUAUGCUACUAUCCGGAAGCAGUUUUAACUGGCCGUAUAUGGCCAUCCAAUAAGAGGAAGGAAAAAAAAAAUGGGGGGGAAGGAAUAAUAUGUUGGAGAGAGGAAAAAUAAAAAUAAAAAAAAUCGAAUUCCGCAAAUCAGAGAAUUGGACAAAGCAAAGCAAAACAAAAGCAAAAAAUAAAAAAUAAAUGGGAAAUUUGGAACCGAGGAAUCGCGAGUGACGUUGGGUCUGGCGGUUUGUGUAAAUGUCCUUCGGUUAAGCAAGGAUGUCACAUCUUGGCUAAAAGAAGAGAGGAGGAUAAUUUGAAUGGACUACGGAUUUUUUUUAAAAAAAGAGAGACUUGUUCAAUGGACUUUUUACACAAUGCAUUAAAAUUCCCUUGUCUUUCACAAGUUACUAUUUCUCUCUCUCUCUUUCUCUCUUUUGAAAAAAAAUCUUUCUUUCUUUCUUUCUUUCUUUUUCUUUCUUUCUUUCUUUCUUUCUUUCUUUCUU